AUGAAGUUUCUUAGUGCAGCUUCCACGGCCGCGUUGACUUGCAUCUUCCUUCUAGCGCCCACCGCGCUUGGAGAUCUUGUUCAUAAGUGUGUAAGCGGAGAAACAUUUGAGCUGGAAGAAGCUCAAGAUUAUGCAAGCAAAGCUACUCUCGAUCAAGUACUUCCCAGUGACCCGGUAAACCCAAGCGCUCAAAUAAGCGGGGCACAUCAUUUUACUAGGAAAACAAGACAGAACGAAAAUGGUUUCUACUUAGUCCAAUACGUUGGAACUCUUCGAUUGAUUCAACUUUAUGAAUAUGGUCAAUCAGGAUGGGAGUUCUGUUACCUCGCCCUCCGUAGGUCAGAGCCGGUAUAG